CACUAUCCGUUGAUUUCGAACCUCAUCAAGUAUAUUGCGACAUGACCCGAGAUGGUGGUGGUUGGACACUGCUAAUGACGAGUGUCACGCAUAAUGGUUUCACGGUUGGUGAAUUUAUGAAUAAAAACAGUGGGACGCCCUCUUUGACAGAUGAUUACUCGAUACUACAGUAUGUAGAUGAUAUGAUCAAUGAUUGUACAGUCAUGGAUAAGAUACUGUAUCGCCUAGAAGCAAGCAGCAAUAAUUCCUGGGGUGGUAUUUGGGUAGCCGACAAAACGUGUAAUUUUACAGAUGUAGACUUCGAACAAGGUUCGGUUAUGGCUUGCAAAUAUAGUGCAUGGGAUGAAACGUCCGAUGACAGUAUAUCAAGCAUUAUCCCCUACAUUGACAAGGGAGAGAGUCUGUUCACAACGCGAAACCGAAGUUCACCGUCGUUGUAUGGUACAUUGGCGUGUGAGUCAUGUUCGAGUAGCUUGGGUGUACCAGCACCGUGGAUCCACCCGGAAAUGCCGAGUCCUGGUAUAAUAUGGUACUGGAUGAAAGAAAUCAGAAUCGGUGCCUCCUGGGCAUGUGACCCCAUGUUGGGUCAUACUUACACGGACGCUGACAGGGAAGUAACAUCAAUGUUUACGGGGGAUAAUGUUGUCCAGUGUUCGGUAUUAGACUUCAGCAGCGGAUUCCCAUAUUUCGUGACUACAACUACAGCAGUCGUCACCACACCGGUUACUACUGUAUUUACGACCGUACCUGCGAUGACUACAGAUGAAUUAAGUACAGUUACACUAAACCAAUCAACAGUGACAGCUCCCACAACAAGUGUAAACAUAUUUCAACGAUUAUCGAUAGAGACACAUAAUGUGAUAACAUCAAACAGAACAGUUGAAGAGAUACAACAAACUGCUAAGGAUAUAAUAGAAUUGACAAGUGACGCCAUUUCGGUGCAGUUUUGUUGUGUUCAGGACGUAGUAGCUGAGAGCAGUAAAAUUAACGUGUCAUCGCGUGUCUUCAUUUCAUCGAUCCUAAAAGGUGUAGAUGAAUUCAUAGAGGGCAUCGCACUAUCGCUUCUUCCCGGGGAAUACGUACACGUAAAUACGUCGAACAUAGAGAAGGUUCUGUAUGGUUUUGCAGACAUGGUUCUGUAUGGUUUUCUAGACAUGGUUCUGUAUGGUUUUAUAGACAUGGUUCUGUAUGGUCUUCUAGACAUCGUUCUGUAUGGUUUUGCAGACAUGGUUCUGUAUGGUUUUGUAGACAUGGUUCUGUGUGGUUUUCUAGACAUCGUUCUGUAUGGUUUUGCAGACAUGGUUCUGUAUGGUUUUGUAGACAUGGUUCUGUAUGGUUUUGUAGACAUGGUUCU